GAUUCCAUACGAGUGACGUGAUUUAGCAUGAAUUCAUGAUGGCGUUGUUUGUCGAGUGACGUAAUGUGAGAGUUCGUAACGCAAGACACUUUAAACGCUUUAGGUUUUUAUAUGAGUUUAAAUGUUUGCGUUAAAAUAAUAAUAGUAGCAUAACAAUGGAUCACCGGGCAAGAAAGAGGAUUAGAGAAGUGAAAAGGAAAGCUAGACCAGAGCUGAAUGAUAAAGGAGACUGGUCAGCGCUGGGAUAUAUAGAUCAAUUUGAUUCAUUUUUGACUGUUAAUGACAAUGUUGAAAGAAUUCAUGUGAAAGAUUUUCCUCCAAGUGAAUUUAUAGAAAAGUAUGAGAAGUUAUACAAGCCGAUAGUUAUUUGUGGAAUUCAAGAUAAUUGGAAAGCGAAGCAUAAAUGGACAUGUGAGAGGCUGGCUAAGAAGUAUCGAAACCAGAAAUUUAAAUGUGGCGAAGACAAUGAAGGGUACAGUGUUAAGAUGAAAAUGAAGUAUUACAUUCAGUACAUGACAACAACUCAGGAUGACAGCCCGCUUUAUAUAUUUGAUAGCAGCUUUGGUGAGCAUGCCCGUCGCAACAAGCUCCUCCAGGACUAUGAAGUGCCAGUAUAUUUCCGUGAUGACCUGUUCAAGUAUGCUGGAGAGGAACGGCGUCCACCAUACAGGUGGUUUGUCAUGGGACCUGCUCGGUCAGGCACUGGCAUUCACAUCGACCCCCUGGGAACUAGCGCCUGGAAUGCUCUGGUGGUGGGUCACAAAAGGUGGUGCUUGUUCCCAACACACACUCCUAAAGAGUUACUGAAAGUAACAUCAGCAGAUGGAGGGAAACAACGUGACGAAGCCAUUACUUGGUUCAAAGUAGUGUAUCCUCAGACCCAGCUUCCGUCUUGGCCAGAGAACUGCAAGCCUUUGGAGAUCCUGCAGAAGCCAGGUGAGACUGUGUUUGUGCCAGGUGGUUGGUGGCAUGUUGUGCUAAACCUUGAUGUGACAAUCGCUGUCACUCAGAACUUCUGUAGCCGUACCAACUUCCCUGUCGUGUGGCACAAGACAGUUCGUGGGCGUCCCAAGCUUUCCCGCAAGUUGUUCAGGGUUCUUAAGGAAAAGGAACCGGCCUUAGCCGCACUGGCGGACACAGUGGACCUGAAUGCUGGCACGGGUGUCGCAUCAGAUAGUUCGAGUGGUUCUACUUCCAGUUCAAGUGAUUCAGAUGAUUCAUCAUGUUCAAGUUCCAGUGGCGACGAUGAUAGUGGUCAGGGAUCACUGACAGCACAUAAGAAAAAGAAAAGAAGGAAGCUCACACACUCGCCAAAGAACCUCACAUAGUAUUUCUCUUCGGGUAUGUGCAAUAAGGAUGUCACCUGUAUGAGAUGAUGAUUGCUACUGUUCCUAAGCCAUGUGUGGCUCUGUUUAAUGUACCCAAUACACUUGUUAUGCAAACUGAUCAGCAGAAAUGGUCUUGAGCUGAGUUUCAAAUCUUGUGAUAGUUGUUGCAUGUUUAUCGUGUCACCAUUCCUGGCCUUUACAUUAUUUUAAUCAUUUUUGUAAUAUGAUGCUACAAAUUGUGUGUCAGGCAGUAUAUAGUAACUUAAAAUUUGAAAUACAGGAUUGCAUCAUGUCAUCGUAAUAAACCUUGGGUACAAAAUUGUAUGAGCCUUUCAUGCAAAUAUGUACAUACAAAAUGUGAACCAUGUGAAUGAAAGCGUGGUUGUAAUUAAGCUACGAUAAAUAUUUUAUACAUAUAUAUAUUUCAUUUUUGCACAUGGAGUCAAGCAUUCUCAAACGUUUUACUGCCAUACCCCCCACCCAUAAAUUUAUGCAGCACUCCCAUCUGUACCAUCAAGGGAAAGUGUAGUUCUCUACAAUGUUGCAGUUUCAUAUCGGGCAUUACAGUGACAGCAGAAACCCAAAUAGCGCCAACAGUAAGCUGUGAGAUGUUCUGUAUAGUCAGUGAAACUGAAGUGUUUAAUGGCUGCAACUGUAUUUUCCAAAAGUACCACCUGCUGAAUCAUAAUGACUGACAGACUAGUGAAGUGUGUGGAUGCAGCCAUAUUAAAAUAAUUCUUGAGAACUCAGUAAUCCACAGUUUGAGAAACCAUGAGGUAAAUUAAUUAUUUGAUUAUAAUAUGCCUUUUAUUUGAUAUCUUAAUUUCUGUUGGCUGUCUACACAAGGUGUUUAUGUUGCCUCGUUUUUUUCCCCCUAAAGUUUCUCCUCUGUGUAGUAUAUCCAUAUGCUUCAUGUGUUCAUUAGCUUUCCUUCUUCUUAGUUUUCUGUUUCCGGUUCAUAGCAACAUUUGUCAAAAACUGCUAAUUUUAUUAAAAAUGGAAAUUAUUAUUUCUUUGAAUUCAUUUACCUACAUUUUUUAAAUGUGUGAUCAUUUUCAGUAAGGUGGCAGCAUUGUCCUGUCCAUAUAAAAUUCAAGGUUUAUGUCACUAGUAACUUGGGAAAAGGGUUUUGAUGAAAUUCUUCAAAAAGUGCCAGUUUCAUAUUAGAUAAACCGGUUGGUGUAACAGUACAUCAGUUGAACACGUAACUUAAUUGCUUCGACUAGAUGAGUGCUAGUAUUGUUACAUAAUUGUAAUGCCUUUGUGUGACUCCAUUUGAAUAUGGAUUGCCCAUCCCCACAGCCUGACUUAGUACACAAUAUAAAUGUCAUUUUCUUUCGUAGUCUUAUGGUACUUUUUUGUGGGAUUUCUGUUUUUGGGAAAUAUUUGUGUUUGUCCUCAUACAAUUGCUCUUACUCUUUUGUGUGCCUUGUACUUCCCAGUCUGUAUUGUAUUAUGAUGUAUCAUAGUGUACCCCUUUUCUGCUUUUAAAGUAUGUGAUUAUUGUUUUCUUUAAGGUGCCUUGAAAUUCUCUGUGUUGACUUCCAUUUUGGGGCAAGGGUAAACAGUUCUAGAGUAUUUUUUUUUUUAAAUUUAAAUUGAGAUCACUUCUCAGGCAAGCUGCCACAGAUGUAGCAGGAUGUGAUUUGUGGGUGCCCUUUGAAAGAAGGGGAGAACAAAGCACUGCUUCCAUUCGUGUAAAAGGGAUACAAGAUGCAAUGUGUGAUUUUUCAUGAUGUAUCUAGUUAAUGUUGAACAGAGUGAACUUUCUCAAUUGUCUUACAGGGUUGGAGAGGUGGUAUUGACAGUUUACCAUGACUGAACACAACUUAGUUUGCAUACCAAUUGAGCAAAAUGAGAAUUAUGUAAAAUCUCCACCAGAAAAGAAAUUGUCAUAAACGUUUUUAAAAGUAUAAUUUUUAUGUAAAAUGUGAAUGUACAGGUAAACCUCUGUAUAUACAUUUUUGAUCAUUGCAAGUUAUGGUGAGUGCGCUCACAAACAUUUCUACUAUUCCUCUAUAUGAGCCCCCUUAAAAAAUUCCGAAUAGUACAGCAAAAAUAAGUCACUCGUGUAAACAGUAUUGCCAGAUUAUGCUUGCCAUAAGCUCAGGUUUGUGUAAGCCAUCAUUUGAGUUAGACAUGUCAAAGCAGUGUCUUCCCAUUGCUGUACUUCAUGCUAAGUAAUACUAUUUUGUAAAAGUUCAUGCCUAGAAGGAAAAGUGAUAUGUCACUGGAUGUUGGUUUGCCCAGUAUUAGAGAAUGUCUGGAUUCGUAUUCACAGCCAUUCACGUGACACAGACUUUAUGGAAUUGAAGCAGAGCAACAGCACACCUACAGGGAGAAAAAAUAAAUUGUGUCUGAAGGAGAGGGGAGUGUCUCAAAGGAAAUUCUGAUAAAAGGACUCGAGCAUGUUUCAAAAUUUGGAAGCUGUUAAACAACAAAUUAUGGAUUUAGACCUGAAUGUGGAACGAAGCAUGCUAGUUUGCCAAACCCUAGAAAAUGGAAUUAGCUGCUAUUGUAAACUGUGUGAAGGAAAGAAGAAAGUUGCAUCUCUUUAAUUUAUGCUUCACAAAUAUUUUUCUACAAAGUAGCAUAUCCAUUUUUAACUCGGUUUGUAUCCCAUUUCUGUAAUGAACUUAUAUUCAGUUUAUGUGCUUUUCAUUAUUCUGUAUAUUUUUAUGUAUGUACACAGUUAAAACAUAUUUUAAAGGCCAAAAUUAAGUCUUCUGACAAAUGUUGUUAGCCAUCAUGGAUGAAUUACAGUUUUUUGUGUUGGUUUUAACUUCAAUAUAUGCUUUUUGGACCUACACUGUACACUAAUUGCACAUAUUAAGCGCACACAUAUAUAUAUAUAGAGGUUUACCUGUAUAUGUGUUUAUUUUUGUUUUCUUUUUCUUUCUUAUUUGCCAGAUGGGGUGUAAAUGUGCAUAAAGAGUUGAAGAAUAUGUUAGGGAAGGAGAAUGGGACAAGAACUUCUGAUGUGAGGUAAACUGCCUAGAACAUCUUUGAAGGUACUUUAUAAUUUCAGUAGGCAACAGUUUGGAAGAAAGUUCUGUGUUAAUGAGUAUCUGUGAUUUCAGUUCCUUUUAUAUUUUGAAAAUAGAAUCUAGUAACUUCUAAUGAUUGCAUAAUAACUGUGUCAGUGUUAGAUGCCGAGGCGCUUUCGAAGAUGUUUUAGACAGUAUAUUUAAGCUUAAGGUUGCUGUGAUGUAAUGAAGCAGAAAAUUUUGUAUCUUUGCUUUGUAGAAGGAAGGUAAAAAUAAAUGACUGUCCUUCAUAAGCGACAGUUCUUGUAAUCUG